UUUAAAGUCUUUCGAAAACAGAAGAAAUCUUCUUCACCCUUGAAGGGGCUCAGCUGUGGUUUGUUGAAAAGGUCAAAGAAACAAGCAUCUUCAUCAGGAGUUCACUUAUUCCUGUUUAGAAGAAAGCAUCAUUACCAGUACACCAUUAGCACCAAUGGAUGACAGUGAUGAAUCACUGGAUGCAGUCAUGGCAGAUGAGACGUCCUCCAAUUCAGAUGUUGCAGUUGGAUCUGAUCAAAUGAUGCUGGAAGUGAUAACGUUGCAAGACUUGGCUGGAAACUGGACCGUCUCUUCUCGGCUAACUGGGUUUCUUAAGAUCAGUAAUGAGCAAAUAAAGUCUAAGGAGAUUGUUGCUGACGGCAGAGUGCUAGUAACGCUGGCCGUGAUUGCCUGGCUCAGGAAGCACUACGGGCACCGUCAGGAUGAGUGGGAGAUGAUUGAGACCAAGGCAGUCAUGUGGCUCGGCCAGCAGGGCCUGCAGAGACCAGUCGAGGAGCUGAUAAUUCUGGUCACAGAGAAAAUGCUGACUGCUUGAAAUCAGAGAAAGAACAACAAUAUCAUACAAAAGCUGUAAUGUAACGUGUACAGAUUGAUUGAAAAGCUAAUCACUCUGGUUGGACAGUAACUUGUGGGCAAUUAUGGACACAUAUGUACAAUAUUCAACAUUUGGAGUAAAAAUACUUCGUAGGAGUAGUACUAGUACUGGAUGUUGUAACUGAAUAGUGGAAUAAUUAUUUAAACUACAUAAUAACAACUGUAUUUGUAUUAGGGAGUUAAUAUUUUCAUGUAUGUCUGUCCUUAAAGUUGUACUUAUUGAUUGUUAUUUUCUCAGAAUUUAUAUUUUGAUUGUAAUUUGGUAAAGGGUAAUUACUAUCACGAAUCUUUUUACGACCAUUGACCUUUGACAAAUUAGCAUGCAGGGGUAUUUCAGACAUGCCAGUGACUGUUCUAGUGUAUUCUGAUGUUAUAAAAUAAUACAUGUAGCAACAAUAACUUAUUGUUUAAUGGUAAAUCCUAAAGGCUGUAAGGGACCAAUAUGUCAAGCGUAUUCUAUGAACAAUGUAAGUUUCACUUUUGAAACCUGUAUGAUUUUGUACUGUUAUUUUUAUUUUAUUUACAAAUUGUUGUUUAUAACCUUUAACUUUAAUGUGAUGACAUUGUUAUAUUUGUACUCAUCUUUUAUUUACAUUAUCAUUUGUAAUAAAUUCACAAUUUAUUGUUUAUGCAUUUAUACAAAUGUAUCUAUUUAUUGGUUGUUCUUAAAUUUUCGGCAAUCAUGUGUUCAAUAAUAGAAAUUCAUUUAAAUGUGUGUUACGGUGACUAAUGAUUAUAUUGAUGACACCAUUAUAUUUCAAGAAACGAAAUGUCUUUGAAAAUAUGCGUAAUAUUUUCAUGAUAAUUUAAAGCAUUUUAAACUAAGUUUAGUUUGGAAAGUAGCUGUGAAAAAUCAAAUGGAACAUGUUAAAUAACGGCAGGUGGUAGCCAGGAGAACGAUAUCCAUUCAAUAUUUUACUAAGUUUAAAUCAGAUCUUCAUGAAACUUAGUGAUGAUUUUUAAAGGCAUAUAUUUUCAGCCAAGUACUCUUACCAGCCAGAUCGCCUGAAGUUCAGUGUCACUGUU